AUGAAUCCACAUUCGUCAAAAAAGAGACCAUUGGAAGAGGUUUCACCAAACAUUACUUGCUCUCCUCCAAAAAGGCGAGCGUCUUUUGGGUUUGAAAUGGCGAGCAUCCCAACAACGACAAUAACAAAUGGGUACAAUGAAUCAACAGUACCUAGUAAGAUGGAAUCCAAGCUCCCAAAACUAUACACUACCGCAAACUCGAGCUUAUCAAAUUCUUCCCAACUGUCGGACUUGAACGACUUUCAGAAUAGGAUAUUGUCUAUACAAGAGAGAUUAUCCAGGAAACCACCAGUGACUACUUCAACUCCAUUUGAGUACAGAAAAGUAACUUCUAAUGCAGGUUCGAAUGAGCUACAGGAGACACUCCAUUCACUUAACCAAGAAUGUCGGGAGAAGCAACACAAGUUGGAUCAUCUUACAGAUGAGUUGAGCAAGUUACGUCGGAUAUACCGCAACUACCAACAAAGGGUUGACACCGCCAUGAGUGAAGUGCUGAAUGUUCAAGCAAGAUUGGACUAUAUGGGGGAAGAAAUUGUCAAGUACGUCUCUAAUGAAGAAAAAUUGAUUGAGAUCAAAUUGAAUGAAAACAAAAUGAAACUAGAGAACCAAUUUAAGGAGAUUGAGUUUGAAAUGGUGAAUGAGUUGCAAGAAAUGAAAAACUUUGAUUAUACUGAAUUGAUUGGUAAAAUAGAUGUAUUGAAACAGGUUGAGCUGGAAUUGAAGGAGGAGCUCAAGCGUCAACUGGAGUUGAACGAUGAGGUAUACGAAGUGGAAUUUGAUAAAUUGAAACAACUGUUUGAAAGUAACGUAAAGGAAGUACAACAACAGGAAAACGAGUCCAACUCUGAUUUAGAGCAAGUGCAGAAAGAGUUUGACAAGGUAACUGCAGAGUACCAAUCAAUACUGUCUAAACUUGGGUUUCAGAAUCAUCAGGUGGAAGCACUCAAAGAGGAAAUAGCUACUAUUGAAGAAACCAUGAACAACUAUCUCAGCAUCAAGAAAGAAACUGAACUCAAAUUAUCCAAUGUAAGACAAAUGUUAGAUGAAAAAACCACCAAAGAUAAAGCUGAGCAGGAGGAUUUUGAUGCAAUUUACCUCGAGUUCAGUUCAUUACACGACAAAGUGAAAAAGCACGACGAACAUCGAAGAAUUUUAGAGAAUUCAAUAAUGGAAUACUUGAGGAAAAUACGAGUAUAUGCAAUUACCGAAAAAGAAGAAGAUAAAGAAUAUGGAAAUAGCUUCAGCAAAUGCUUCCUGCAGGACACUCCAUUCUCUUUUAUUAUUGAUGAGUUUUCUCACUUGAUCAAGAGUGUUUAUCAUGGAACUAAUGUCGGUAUUGUGUGCCAAUAUUUACCCGGGGAUACCAUAAUCAUUCAAGCUAUGAAACAACUAUUACAACUCCAAAAACAGUCAACAACUUGGCAAUUUCAGCUUGAGUAUCAAGCAGUGGCAAUCAACCACUCGAUUGAUCUAUUAACCCUGUCACAAUUUGCUCAAUCAAGCAUAUUUGGAAGCCAAAAGAUGCGUAUUGACGAACUUGAGCGGGUUAGCAAUAUCAUAAAUGGAUUUGAUGUAGCAAAAGAUGUGAUUGUGCAUGCAAUUUCCGUCAAUGGUGUGAAGCAAGACAAAAAGUUUGAUAGUCGAAUAGUCGUGGUUGAUGUGUCACAAGUCGAAUCCGAUGAGCAGAUCAAUGUAAUGCAAAAGUUGUUGACCAACGAAAAGUUGACGUACUUGGAUAGAUCAAUCGAUUGGAUUUCUAAAAACAGUGUUCCUUUGGUGGUUUCGAAAAUAAACGAUGAAAAUGUAUUUAAUCUAUUAAAAACAAUUAACUCAACCAACGUUGCUUGCAAGAAGAAAUAA